AGAAGGCAGACGGCCUAAGGCCUGUGUAGCCAUGGUUUCGAGGGAGACCUCAGGAUACCAACGCCCCAGCCGGGGCACGUCAAGCACAUCUGUGCGAAAGCAGAGAAGAGCAGAGCCGGAGAGCUUCUGCAGCAUCGAUGCAGGACAGGCUGACAAGUUGCCCAGACCGUGCAUGGGCAUAGAUGCAGAGGCGGUGUACGGCGCCAUUGAAGAGGAAGGGCCUGUGGAUUUCUCGCCCACAAGUCCUAGCAAGACCCCCACGAGUCCCACGAGCCCGGAGCGCAGUGUGGCACGGGAGCAAAAUGCCGCGCGGCAGUUUCUUUGGACCAGCCUAGAUGCAGUUAUGUUGCGGCCAGCAGAAACGGCCAGCAACUUGCCGGUUCCUUUGGCAGCUGUCCUCACGCCCUUUGCGGACACGGCAGAUUUUACUUCCUUGCCUCUCUCUGACAUCGGUUCUGACGAGCCUUUGAGAUGCCCGCGAUGUAGGUGCUAUGCAAAUCCACAUUUCAAGUGGAGUGCCAGGGAAAAUCGAAAGUUCACCUGCAACAUGUGCAGCCAUAGCCUGGAUGUUCCUCAGAAGUUCUUAGAGGAUAUGGAGCGCAAUGGCCAGUGCGCGGAUGCAGACACGCAUCCGGAGCUGGUCUAUGGAUCAGUGGACUUCACAGCCGGGGCAUUGAUUGAGCCAGACCUGCCCGGGCCCUUCGUUCCCUCGGUGUGCUUUGCCAUCGAGACCUCACCGGAUGCGAUCUCCAGUGGCUUUACCAAGGCAGCCUUGGAAGCCUUGGAGAAGGCCUUGCAGGCACCGCACACUUUGGAAAGGGAUGUGUACCUUGUCACAUUUGACGAAGCCGUGACCUUCUACGUGCCGAUCAGUCAUGGACGCUUCCGAGCAGUUGUCAUGCCCGAUAUGGAAGAACCGUUUGUUCCGGUUAGUCCGGAAUCACUCGGAGUUCAUGUGGCAGACCCAGACGGGAAGGAGAUGUUCUUGGAGCUUCUCUCCACACUGCAAGAGGAAUUCACCGACGAGGCAUCUCCUCAGUGCGGCUACGGUGGAGAGGAGAGCCCAGAUCCAUUUCACCUGGGCGAAUGCCAAGAUCUCACCAGCUCCACUGUCUUGCGCACUGGUGUGCAGACCUUGGCUGCCUUGGGUGGUGGAGAUUUGGUCCUUUUCCAGGUGUCAGUGCCAUCAACCUGGGGACCAGAGGAGGCGCCGGAAGACGACGACGUGCUGUCUCCGAAGGGUCCAUCUUCCUCGCCGAAGACACCCAAGACGCCCAAGACACCCAUCAACAUCACACCACUGAAGAAGCGAAAGAGAAGCUUCCUCGAAGAGAUGCAUCGAAGUUGCUGUCGCACAGGCGUGGCAGUGUCGGCGGUCACUGCAACAAGUGAUGGAGAUGUCUCAAGGUUGCAUUGGCUUCCAUGGCGAACUGGCGGUGAUGUGCUACACAUGCCGAGCUUCACUCCGACGGCCACUCAGAGCAUGUCCAGUCACUUGCAGCAUUGGCUGCAAAAGAUGCAAGCCAGUGCAUACAACUGCGUUGUGAAACUCCGAUGCAGCAAAGGUCUCAGUUGCAAGGCUUUGUUGGCACCAUGGCCAGCAGCUGCCUCCUCUGAAGACCAAAGCGCUUUCGAGGUGCCACGCUUGUCUCCAGAUAUGUCAGUGACCUUCUCUUUGCUCCCAGAGGUUGAGCCAGAUAGCGAUGAGGACUACCCACGAAGUCGAGAUCGAAAAACUCUGGCUGUACAAGCAGCUAUCCUCUACACCAACUGCAAAGGUGAGAGGCUACUGAGGACACACACACGAAGCCUGACCGUAAUCAGUUCUGCAAGGCAAAUUUUUGGCAGCAUCAACAUUGCGCCACUCAUGGCUUUUCUGCUGAAGCAGGCAGCCAUGAUUGCCUUGGAUCCUGCGCAGAAUGCGAAGUUACCAAGGGACAUGCUGCUUGAGAGUUGUUUGCAGAUUCUCGCUUCAUUCCGCCGCCGGUGCUUGGACUACAACAGUGCCAAAAAGGCCAUGGUCACCAGCCGGCAAUUGCUGCUGCUUCCACUUUACGUCUUGUCGGCCCGGAAGCUACUCUACUCCUUGGUGGGCUCAAAAGAUGGCAAGGCUCAAACAGAAGCCUUGCAGCGCAUCCUAAGGAUGCCGGUCCACAACAUCAUGCUUGCACUCUACCCACGAGUGUAUCCUCUACCUGGGAAUACACCAGAAGGAGUUGAUCUUCCCAGGCAUUGCCCAGCAGCAGAGGAGCAAGUGUCCAGGGGGCCAGCGCCUGCCUACCUGGUGACCAAUGGCUUCGGCAUGUGGUAUCACCAAUCAGGCGAUCGGCCAGAGCUACGAGAGGCUGCCGGUGAGCUGGCCGAAAGGAUCAGAGAGGUGCUUCAGCCGGUCUCAGACUGGAUUCCACUAUUUGACUUGCCGCGCCUAUCUGUUCCUUUGAAGACGGAGGAAAAGAUCAUGCAGGAGGCUACCCCAAGCGGCCGGCCUCGCUAUGGCAGUCGCACGCCACACAUUGCAGCAGUGGCGAAGAGCUCUUCCGAGCACAUCUCUUGGCCUGAGAAGGUGUUGCUGUCCUCCCUCUUUGUCGAAGACACGGGUGUCACAGAGAUGUCGUAUUCUGACUGGGUCCUCUUUCUUCAGGAGCAGUUGGCUCUUCGUCUCUCCGAGAGCUAGUGGGACUCGCCAAAGCGAUCUCCCGCAGAGAAGCUCUCCCCGUUUGUCGAACGUCGCGUAGGUGC